UCUGUAGAAGGCAGUCUGAGUAAGAACUGCUGGGAGUAGCCACCUACUUAAGGAAUAAAUGAGGAAGCAGCAAUACAUUUUAAAUUUUUCAUUGUUACACUAGGUUCAAGGAGAACUGUGAUUUGCCAGAGGAGUUUUUAAAAUUUCCUGACAAAUCCAAUUUAAUGCACUUUGAGUCCAGAUAGUGAUCCCACAGCCUGAUUCUUUUGUUAAAAGUUGUCCACUGCAAUCUUAAGAGGCAAAAUGAGAAUAAAACAGACAAGUGUGUAUCAGCAAACUCAAGCUCUUCUUUGUAAGAAUUUUCUUAAGAAAUGGAGGAUGAAAAGAGAGAGUGUAUUGGAAUGGGGCCUCCCAAUACUGCUAGGACUGUAUGUGGGUCUGCUUUCAGAAGUCAGAGAAAAUAACCAAUUACCUGAAAUACCUCCUCAAGACCUGGGAAGGGUAGACAAAUUUAAUGUCUCUUCUAUAAUGAUUGUGUAUACUCCAGUCUCUAAUAUAACUCAGCAGAUAAUGAAUACAACAGCAUUUGCUCCCUUAAUGAAAGGAACAAGAAUCAUUGGGGUACCAAAUGAAAAAGACAUGGAUGACAUAAUUUUCCAGAAUUUCCCACAUGCAGUGGGAAUCACCUUUAGUGACACUUUCUCUUACAAGUUAAAAUUUUUUCAAGGAUAUGCUGUUCCAUUUUUGAGAGAUGAUUUAACAGGUGACUUUUCAUAUCUUGAAGAUACUGAAGAGGAGUAUGAUGGGCAGAGGAAGCUGGAUCUUCUGACAUCUCAUAGACCUCAAGUCACAACAAAUCACUCUGUGAUAGAUGAGUUGAUGUCAGUCACUGCUAUAAAUAUGAAGACAUUACCUUUUAUUUCUAAAGACAUUUUUCAAAGUGAGAUGUUCAUUUUAUACUGUUUGCUUUAUUUUUCCCCAUUUAUAUAUUUUGUAUCACACAAUGUUACAAAAGAGAGGAAAAAGAGUAAGGAACUGAUGAAAAUGAUGGGUCUACAUGAUUCAGCUUUCUGGUUGUCCUGGGGUUUAAUGUAUACUGCAUUCAUCUUGGUCCUUUCCAUAGUCAUUACAAUUAUCAUAACAUCCACCCAAGUUAUACUCAUGACUGGCUUUAUGGUCAUAUUUACACUCUUAUUCUUAUAUGGCUUGUCUUUGCUAGCUUUAUCAUUCCUGAUGAGUGUGCUAUUACAGAAAGCUGUCCUCACAAAUUUGUUUGUGUUUCUCCUCACCCUCUUUUGGGGGUUUGUGGGAUUCACUGCCUUCUAUAAACAACUUCCUCCAUCUAUACAGUGGAUUUUGAGUAUUUGUAGCCCUUUCGCCUUUAGAGUUGGAAUGACUCAGAUUCUCCACCUGGAUUAUAACUUGAAUGGAGUAGUUUUCCCUGACCCCUCAGAAAAAUCAUAUACAAUGCUAGCAACAUUUUCUGUGUUGGCUUUUGAUGGUCUUAUCUACUUGAUGCUGGCACUGUACCUUGACAAAAUCUUACCCUAUGGAAAUGAGCACCGCUAUUCUCCAUUAUUUUUYCUGAGUUCAUCAUCUUGUUUCCGACACCGAAGGACUGAUAAUAUGGUCAUUGAGAAAGACCUGGAUCCCGAGCAUCCCUCUGAUGGUUAUUUUGAACCCAUAGCUUCUGAAUUCCAAGGAAAAGAAGCCAUCAGGAUUAGAAACGUUAAAAAGGAAUAUAAAACAAAGUCUGGACAAGUGAAAGCUUUGAAAGGUGUGCUCUUUGACAUAUAUGAAGGUCAGAUCACAGCAAUUUUGGGUCACAGUGGAGCUGGCAAAUCUUCACUCCUAAACAUCCUUAAUGGAUUGUCUGUUCCAACAGAAGGAUCAGUUACCAUCUAUAAUAAAAACCUCUCUGAAAUGCAAGACUUGGAGGAAAUCAGAAAAAUAACUGGUGUUUGUCCUCAAAAUAAUGUUCAAAUCGACAUGCUCACUGUGAAGGAAAACCUSAGCCUGUUUGCUAAGAUAAAAGGGAUUCGACCACAGGAAGUGGAACAAGAGGUAGACAGAAAAGUGAUCAUGUCCAAUGGGGAACUGAAGUGUGCAGGAUCUUCUGUYUUUUUAAAGAGAAAAUGGGGUCUUGGAUAUCACUUAAGUUUGUAUAAGAAUGAGAUAAGUGAUCCAGAACAAAUCACAUCUUUCAUUAAUCAUCAUAUCUCUGAUGCUAAAUUAAAACUAGAAAACAAAGAAAAACUUGUAUUUACUUUGCCUUUGGAAAGCACAAGUAAAUUUCCAGAUUUUGAACAAACAGACAAGAUAAGAGACUCAGAAAGCCCAAGUGAAAUGGAUCCAGCUUGCUCUUCUCUCCCUGAAGUACACAAGUCUGUGAGCGACAUGAGCCUCUGGAGAAUGCAAGUCUGUGCGAUAGCACGGCUCCGUUUUUUAAAGCUGAAACGUGGAAGAAAAACACUUUUGACCCUGCUAUUGGUUUUUGGAAUUGCACUGUUUCCUUUGAUUAUGGAAAGGAUAGCAAAUUCUCUGAUAAAUGAAAGUGCAAACUGGGAGUUUAAAACGGAAUUAUAUUUCCUCUCUUCUGGACAACUUCCUCAGGAACCUCGUACCAGCCUCUUGAUCAUCAAUAACACAGAAUCAAAUAUUGAAGAUUUUAUACAGUCUUUGAAGCAUCAAAAUAUACUUUUGGAAGUAGAUGACUUUGAAAACAGAAAUGGCACUGAAGGCCUCUCAUACAAUGGCGCUAUCAUAGUUUCUGGUAAACAAAAGGAUUAUAGAUUUUCAAUCGUGUGUAAUACCAAGAGGCUGCACUGUUUUCCUAUCCUCAUGAAUAUUAUCAGCAAUGGGCUACUUUGGAUGCUUAAUUAUACACAGUAUAUUCGAAUUGAGAGAAGUCCAUUUAAUCUGAACCAUCUGUACUACUGGACUGGGUUGCCGGAUGGUGCUCCAUUCAUGUUUUUUAUUGUGUGCUGCCUUUCUCCUUACAUCGCCAUGAGCAGUGUCACUGAUCACAAAAAGAAAGCUAGUUCUCAGCUGUGGAUUUCAGGCCUCUACCCCUCUGCUUACUGGUGUGGACAGGCACUGGUGGAUGUUAACCUCUUCAAUUUAAUUCUCCUUUUAAUGUAUUUAAUCAUCUGCAUAACAAACAAAAUGGGCAUUUCUGUUACAAGUCAAGGUAUAUUUGCUAUGGUUGUUGUAUCACUUGGUUAUUCAGCUUCUCUUAUCUUCCUGACAUAUGUGGUAUCAUUUAUUUUUCGUAAGAGGAGAAAAAACAGUGGCCUCUGGUCAUUUUGCUUCUAUGUUGUCUUGACCGUCAUGCCUUACAUCAUUUUAAUCAGUGACUUCAACAUAACUGUGAUCAUUGUCAGCAUGGUAUUACUUCCAUCAUGUACUUUGGAAGUAUUUCUACUCUUUCUGUCAAAGAAUGUGCUGUGGCCCACCCUGACAAUGAAGGAACACCUGGAGGUGUAUGCCACCGUGAAAGGGCUGCAGAAAGAGGACGCUGCCAUUGUCAUUUCACGACUAGUGAAUGCUUUCAACCUGUAUGAGCAGCUAAAUGUUCCAGUGCAGAAAUUAGCAUCAGGAACCACCAAAAAGCUAUGUUUUGUGUUGAGCAUCCUGGGAAAUUCGCCCAUCUUGCUUCUGGAUGAACCCUCUACAGGCAUAGAUCCAACAGGGCAGCAACAGAUUUGGUGAGCAUUAUYGCUGAGAUGCAUUGGUUCCAUCCAACACCUGAAAAGAAAAUUUGGCAAAGAUUACAUUCUAGAACUCAAAGUGAAGGAGCCUUCUCAAGUACCUUUGGUCCACACCGAGAUUCUGAAUCUUUUCCCCCAGGCUGCRCAGCAGGAAAGGCUUGGAACAAAUCCUGGUAAUAAAAUGCCAGCAUCUAUACCUAGUUCUUUUUUCCCACCAGUUAAACAUAACUUUAACCUGGAAGAAUAUAGCCUCUCUCAGUGCACGCUGGAAAAGGUAUUUCUGGAACUUUUUAGUAGGCCAGAACUGGGAAAUGUUGAUGAAGAAGUUGAUACAACCAUGAGAUGGAAACUUCUUUCUUAUUCAGAUGAACCCUAAGACCUCAAACCCAAUGUGCUGAUGUGCUAUGAACAUUUAUUUAUGUAACAAUUAUCAGUGUGUAUGAUUUAAAAGAUGAUUUGAUAUCAGGAUCAUGUAUAUGUUGUAUGCGUAGUCCAUAAAUGAAUAAAUUUAAAAGUUAUUCCUUUUCUUAUACUUAGGGGUGGUAAGAAAUCUGUGAUAAAGGCAAUACUAUUAAUACUGAUAAAGGUAAACUCACCCUAAGAAUCAAACACUGGGUACUGGAAAAUAAAACUACAAGCUUAAAGCAUUUUCAAAUAUGACUUUGUUUUUCACUUGCUGAAGUAGGUGAUGGUGCUUCAAACGCAGGAAGCUGCGUGACAGCCACAGAUGAUUUGCUUUAUCAAGUUGAUUUUUUUUAAUACACAAAUACAACUCAAAUUCUUUUCCUAAAACCUUUAAAAAAAUAUUUUGACUUACAUAGAGACUAAAAUGCCCUUGAAUUAAAAAAUGAACAAACAUGCGUAUUUGAAAAGAAGCUUUGAGUA